AUUACAUCGUUCACACAUCACGUACGACGUUGUACGUAACCUCCACAUAUCUUUUGAGAGAAGAAUGUAUUAUUAACUGCAUAAUGCGAUACUGUUGUUCCUUCAUUAAACUAGAGCACUCACUUAAACGUUCCAUAGGCUUCGUCAAAAUGACUCUGAACAAGAAAUUUCGCAAGAAACUUCAAUGCAGCGUAAUAUUUGAUUGCUCUCUAAAACACCCCGGCGUACUUUCCUUCGCAGCAGCGCAAGCUGAGAUAUCGCCGAGAGACUAAAGUUUAGGCUGCAGCAAACAUUCGCGUACAGUUGGUACACGAGAUAACAUCGUAUAAAUAACAAUCGUUCACAUAAUUUUCUCUCGAUGACAGAUCGUUAAUUUGAUCACGAAAAAAUGAUUUGUUAUUGAAUUCGCUGCAAACUUAGGCGAUAACGAUAUACGUUUUAUUGUGCAGUAACGCCGACGAGGAAACGGACAACGGCUUCGUAAUUGUGUAAUGGCGAUAAUUGUGUAAACGAGAGUGAUCUGAACGUACCGUGCGAUCGCGAUACCCUCCCAACGAGCGACUCAUUGUCAGAUGCUUCGACGUAAGUAAUCAUGUCGUGGGUGCCACCGAGCCUGGCGGAACUCUGCGUUCCGCACUCGACGAUCUCAUCCUGCCAACCUUCCACCUACUUGUUCCUGCUCUUCGUGGCACGACUCUUCGGGUAUCCGACAGAUCAUAAUUAUCCUGCGGUCGAGCACUCAUCACAUUAUCAUCAUCCGACAGUCUCGAAUUGGAACGUCCAUCCAAUACCAUCGAGCGCACUCCCGACUGCAAACAUUUUUUCUACAACAACGAGUGACAACUAUGGGGAGAAUACGGGGCACGGCUUUCAGGGUAGACAUGCUCCGAUGCUAUCGCAAUCAUUCCUCAGAAUCAUCCAUAAUCCCCGCAUCUACAUUCCGCCAGUUUGGCAAAGCCAGAUACGGAAUCAGCAAAUUAGAUCCUCACUAAAAUUGCAGUUCGUUCAAUCUGAUGCGAGGAAACGACACGUGAGAUUUUCAAACGAGAUAUUCCAUAAGCGAAAAGUGGAUGACAUAAACAUCCCAAGAUAUGAAGUCGACAACAGUAUGUUAGAUUAUCGCGUGUGGAAUUUUCCGAAGCCUGUUGGAUUCCAGCCGGAGCAAUACGACUUCAUCAUCGUCGGAGCUGGCUCGGCUGGCUGCGUUUUGGCGAAUAGAUUGAGCGAAAUUAAAGGAUGGCGAGUAUGUAACAUGUUCAUUCUUGUGUAUUUUACAUUUACAUUCAAUGGCCAAUGUCUUUUUAUACUGUUAUUGGAAGCUGGAAUAGAAGAACCGCAAGUCGCAGGCGUUCCAGCAUUUGCUUCCAUGCUACAAGCAAGCAACAUCGAUUGGAUGUAUCGUACACAACCGGAAGCACAUUCGUGUCGAUCUCGGAGAGAAGGAGGAUGUCCUUGGGCUAGGGGUAAAGUAAUGGGAGGCUCCAGCACGAUUAACUACAUGAUAUACAUUCGAGGAAACCCAGCGGAUUACGACGAGUGGGCGGAACAUGGAAAUCACGGAUGGAGCAGCAAAGAUGUAUUUCCACAUUUUCUCAAAUCGGAAAAUAACAAAGAUCCAGAGGUUCUGAAAGAAAGUCCUCAUCAUCACAGUCAAGGCGGUUAUCAGAGUGUUCAGAGAUUUCCCUACACCGACAUAAAUACUAAAAUCCUGAUAAACGCGUGGGAGGAACUGGGAUUCGAUUUGGUGGACGCGAACGCUGAUAGACAGAUAGGCGUUCAACAUUAUCAGACAACGUCCAAGCAUGGGACGCGACAAAGUACGAACAGCGCGUUUAUCAGACCCAUUAGGUAUAAACGGCGGAAUUUGAUAAUCAGAACGCGCGCCCACGCGACGAGGAUACUGAUCGACCCGGAAACCAAGCAGGCGAUAGGAGUGGAGUAUCUGUCGACUGCAACCGGUUUUGUAAAAGUCGCUUACGCGCAGAAGGAAGUAAUUCUGUCGGCUGGCACGAUUAACUCACCCAAGCUCCUAAUGCUGUCGGGAGUAGGCCCUGCAGAGGAGUUGGCAAAGCAUGGCAUAAAAGUGUUGCAGGACUCCAACGUAGGUCGAAAUCUUCAGGAUCAUGUCACUAUGGACGGCCUGGUGAUUGCUGUUAGCAACAAGACGGCCACCGCCAAAGAUAACGCAAUGAAAAUAAAGGAUAUUUAUCAUUACAAGCAGACUCACAUGGGUCCCUUAGCCGCGACUGGGCCUACAGCGUGUGGUGCGUUCGUGCAGACCUCUUACGUGCAUCGUCGCGAUCUACCCGACGUGCAAUUCGCCUUCGACGCCAGUAAUCAGAUGGAUUUUCUCCACCAACCUGCAGACUUUGCGGAAACCGCGGUAGAGCCAUUAUCCUAUUACGAUGCUAUCAACAUCAGACCAAUCUUGUUGACACCAAAGAGUCGCGGGUUCAUCCUGCUAAAUGACAGUGAUCCACUUUGGAGUCCACCACUGAUUUACUCCAGGAGCUUCACGGAGUAUCCCGACUUGGACGUUAUGGUCGAAGCUAUAAGAAUAGCGUUGCAACUCUUCGAGACCAGGGCUUUCCGCGAGUACGGUUUGCAGUUAAUCGACAUGCCUUUGCCGGCCUGCCGACACUUUCAAUUUAACACGGACGAGUAUUGGAAAUGCGUGGCGAUGGAAUACACCAGCACCAUUUACCAUCCUGUGGGAACUUGUCGGAUGGGCCCAGAAGACGAUCCCGGAGCUGUGGUGGACCCUCAUUUAAAAGUGCACGGCAUCCGAGGAUUACGUGUCGUGGACGCUUCCGUGAUGCCGACGAUCGUCCGAGGCAACACAAAUGCACCGACAAUUAUGAUCGCGGAGAAAGCCGCGGACAUGAUUAAAGAAGAAUGGCCGUAGCAUUGUCUUGUCUAAACUGAUACCUGCAUUUGCAAUCAUCAUAUUGCGUAGUUCUCUGAUGUAAGAAACGCAAAUUAUAUAUCAGUACACAAAAUAUACACGCAAUUAUUGUUAAAAAGAUCAUCAACCAUGAUAUAUAGUAUAGUAGAGUAGAUUAGUUUAUUACCAUGUAAUUAUUAAUUGUUUUCUCUAAAGAUAAUGAUGUAAUUGGAAGAAACCAGUAUGUUUUUAUCAUUCGGUUAAAGUAUAUCAGUAAAUGUUGCGCCAACGAGCUAGCUUGAGACAUAUACUUCAGCGUAUGCAGGGUUGCAUAUCAACAGGCAUAUGAAGAUAGCAAUGAAAAGAAUGUGAACUUCCAUCUGUACAAAAUGAGAUAAUUUAACAAUUCACAUUAUAUACUCACGUAUAAUAAUAUACUCACAUUGUAUACUUUAAUUAUAUUCAUAACGUUUUUAUUAUUACAUGUGUUUUUGUACUAAUAGUAUAAAUUAGUUACGCAUAUAUGAUCUACAUUUAUUAUAAAAAAUGCAUUAAAUAUUCUUGUCGUAAAAAAGUGCAGCUCAUUCUUUAUUAAAAUGAGACAUUUUAAAUAACACGUAAUUAUAUAAUUAAUGAUUACCAAUCAUAUAAUUAAAGGAUAGAUGUGAGGAGUACGAUAUGUAAACGUAUGUAAGUAUAAAUUUACAGUUGCGAAAGAGUUCACAUGUCAAUUUGAAUGAAAAUGCAAACACCUGUUAACUAACGAGGGAUUAUUAGCAAUAUUCAUUAGAGGUUUGAUGUGUUUAGUACUAUUACUUCGCAACGCAAUUCUUAAUGAUCAAAGUUGAGACAUCACAAUACUGCAUUAGCUUUUGCAAUUUGAUACAAGAACUUUCACUAUGGCCUACGUUUCUCAGAUUUUUUUUAGGUGCAUCGCGCACGACUACACGUAGUACCAAGCGUAGUACAAAUGCAGGAAAUUGGAGUGAAAAGGCAAAGCGUAAUAAAGAGAUUUCAAAAUCAAUCAUUCGACGAAAACGGAAUUCUUCUCACUAUGCACGUAAUAUUCAUGGAAAUGCAAAAUUGUGAAUGAAUAAAAUUCAUUCUUUAAAGAUUCUUAAGUUAUAAGUGUAAUAAUAGUAUGAUAAUAAAUGAAUAAUACAUUUUUCUC